AUACGUAUAAAAAAUGUACUCUGUGACUCUAUUAUUGUAGACAUUUUAUAGCUACACUGUAAAUAUCUAUGUUUCUUUUUAAUACUGAGUCAAUGCCUUUGGGAAGGCACUGGGAAGUAGGUACCUCUUGUUUACCGUUUGCUCCAUUACAUCUUCAUUCAAAGGCAUGAAAUGUUAUUAGAAUCUCCCUGGAAAAUGAACAGGCUGCUUGUUUUCUGUUCAAGCAUGUAUACAGCAAAUUGCUUGCCUCUUGGGAAUCUGCUCUUGAACAUACUACUUCACCUGUAAUUUAUGUAUUAGCUGGUUCUUGGGAAUUUUAAGAAGAAACGUGUUUUCUUACAGUCUUUUGUAACAUAAGCACCAUUUAAAUCAGCAGGCAGAGAAUCCAAGUCCUUUACCCAUAUUGUGGUCUUUAGGGCCAGUUUCUUGCAUACUUUUGCUCUGUUUUAUAGGACUCAUUUCCAUUGAAAGGCUUGGAGGGAGAAGUGGGAGCAUCGUGGUCCCAAGGGUGUCCUCAGCAGAGAGAUUAUUUCCUGGAGAGGAGACUGUUUUGGGGAUUAGCUUCUGAGAAGGACUGAUAAAAAAUAAAGAAUUGUUAGUAAUAGUUACCUCUGUUUACUUUCGGCACAAAGGUCUUAACACAGUUCGAUCACAUUCCUCCUCCAAGGACUCUUCCCAAUACUACUUACAGCUACAAUCCAGAGAGCGAGGUUGCCUUUUAUAGAGAAGCAAAACCUGGUAAUUCUUGCUCAGGAUCGGAGGGGUAGAAGAAAUAGUAGAUGCUGCCCAGAAAAUGCCAUGUGCCUUCAGGGAGGAUACAUUUACCAAUUAGACACACUUAUAAACCACUGGGUUUGUGAUUCUGUCUAAUCCUAGCAUUUUUUUCUCUCCCCUGUGAAAGAUUUAGGAGUAGCUUCAAUUGAAACUACGGGAAAUGACUCAUGGUCAUCGUUGAAAAUGUGAGAGUCAGUUCUCUACCCCUGAGGGCUAAUGGAUCUCAGCUGCCCAUUAAAUAUUUGUUAAAUGAAUACCAAUUCUAGAAUCUUCCCAACCUUACUACAUCACCUCUUCUAGUACUGAUUAUUUUUAGCCAUAACUUUAUAUGAAUCAUCAAACAUUUCAUUAAAUUGGAGCCAAUUGAUAUAGUCAACUAAGACCAACUUCCUCAACUGAAGGAACAAUAACGAUCCCGCUAAAACAAAACAAAACCAAACAAAGAAAAAAUCACUGUAUUGGUACUUACUGACUUGCUUAUUUCAGCUAUCUGAACAUGUGAAUUGUCCAGUUGGAUGUGUUGAGUGUACAUUCAGAAAUCCUGAGUUGACAUCGUAAUGUUCAACUCAGGAAUGAUCUAGAUGUGGCUACAUCUGGAUAUGCCUUUUGUCAGAAAUUAGUUGCAUUUCUAAGCAAAUUAGAUGAACUUCUAGUACAAUCCUUCAUCUCCUCAUGUUGAGUAGAAAAGCCAGUUAAACUUUUGGCAAAUUGCUAAGUCUUCAAAGUUCAUAUUUGAUUUUCUUUCUAAAUUUUAAAUUAAAUCCACGUUAUGUUUGUCCAUUGAUGUGGUUGGCUUACAGACAUUAAUUCAGACCACUGGCUACUGAGUAACUUGUAUUUAUUAAAAGCAGCCCCUUGAUAUAAACACCAGUAAUUCGUAUGUUUUGAUUAGCUCUAGCUAGCCUUUCAAAAUAAAUGAGUGCAUUGUAUGAUCUUGAAUAUGAAGAGUGUUAUGCCUUCCGUUUUUUUUUUUUUUUUAAAUAGCUCCGACUUAACGUCCCCAGUCAUUGGAGGUUUACCCUGUGAUUAUGAUUCAUGAUCUAAUUUCAGGAUGAACGAUUAGAAAGCUGACUGAAAUUUGUCUGGAUAUUAACAUUAUGGUGCAUAUAAUAAUGCAGAUUUUUCUCUGAUAUUCUUCCCUUUUUGUCCUCCAAUCAAGCUUGUUUCAUCCUGAAUAAAAAUCAAAUGAGAUCCUUAAACAUUUCAAAAGGUUUUCCUGUUGGGCUGUGUCCAAAAUAAAUAAAAUUUAAAAAUUGCUUAUUACUGUUGUGAAGUAACACAAACACUACUGCUAUUCUCUGCAUAAUGAAACAUGGCCAUUCUUAUCAAGUAUUCAUUUGAUAAGUAGGCACCCGAGCCCUUGAACUAGAGUUAAAGGCAUGUUCCUUCCAUGUCUCAUUAAGUCCCUUGAAAGCAAGGGGGUGGAAUUUUGAUUUAGAUCAAGUAGCCAAUUCAAGGUAGGUUCCUUGAAAGGAGUAUGUAAUGAAAGCAUCUUUUCGGAAGAGCACUUUGGCAGUUGGAUGGGGAGUGAGUGGGUUAACAGAAGGAGAGAGUGGAGGUGAAAUGUGAUGUCAGAUAAUGACAGCCUGACAUAAGAUCCCAGAGACACUGAGAUGAAGAAGGGAAAACUUCAGACAGCCAGACAUCAGGAUUCUUUGUUUUAUGUGGAAGAGGAAUCGUAAACCUGGGGCAUAGUGUGAUCACACACCUAUUCCACAUCCACGGAACACCUCCACCAGUUGAUCACAGCAUUCUUUCCUGCCGAGCCCUGGUGUAACCUCAGAAUCUUGCAAACGUUUGACAAAUACUUAUUAAUAAAUACUAGUUAUUAAACAUGUGCUAUAUGCCAGGCACUGUACUCAGCCUUUACAUUUGUUAUCUCAAGGAUGAUGGAGUGGUUGGGAACGUGAAUUCUUUUUGCCAUUUACGAGUUGUGGGUCCUUGAUUAAGUUACUAACUUCUCUGAGCUUCAGUUUCUUCAUCUUUCAAUUGGGAUAUUAGUUUCUGUCUCAUAAGGUUUGGGGAAGGAUUAAAUGAAUAAAUAGGUAUAAAUGAAAAGUACUGAGAAGUGUCUGGCACAAGGUUAACUGCUACAUGUAUUAGUUGUUACUAUUGUUAUUAAUUCAUAAAACAACCUUAUGGAAUAGGUGCCAUUUUGCAGAUUAAAAAAUUGAGGCAAAAAAGGCCAGGUAAUUCACUCGGGGCCAUAGGCUGGGAUAGAGUGAUAGAGCUGGGCGUCAAACCCAGACAAUCCGACUCCGGUGUUUGCUUGCCUAACUUGUGUGUAUCCCUGAUCACAUGCCAGGUGCUGGGGACACUGACUGGGGAGAGAAAAGUGGGGGCUUGUCCUAAUGAGAUCCAGGGCUCCAGUCAUUUCCACUGCAGAGUUUGUCAUCUCCUAUAUAGAUAGAAUUAGUACCCAGAUUAUUGUACAAAACGUUUGCUGUUUUUCCUUGAUGUUUGGGUUUUUUGUAAAUGUGUUUCAUUAAAUACUUUAAGAAGGGGUCCAAUUUGUGUUUUCACAUAUGCUUUAAAAGUAGGUUAUUUUUUGUUUUUGCCUAACAGUUGACAUAUGCAAUACAUAUUAUAUUCAUUUGUAAUAUCUUUCCUUGUACCUAGUGAUCCUUCGCUGGAGGCAGCAGGAUAUGUCUCCCUAAUAUAAUGUAUAAUAUAUACAUUAUAUGUUUUAUAUAUAUUGUGUGAUGUAAUAUUAUUUAGCUAUAUAAUAUAUAUUAGGUGCAUUUUAUACAGUGUAUGUCGUGUAUACAUAAUAUAAUGUAUACAUUAUAUAUAAGGUAUGUAUUAUAAAAUAUAUACAUUAUACUACAUAUUAUAUGUAAUAUAAUAUAUACUGUAUAACACAUAUUAGGGAGACAUUUACAUUAGAUGUAAAGAAUCACUGGAGAAGAGAGAUGUUACGAAUGAGUAUGUGUACAUUAUAUUAUUGGAAAGGUAUCAGUAUUCUGAAAAACUUCUAUGCCAUCCACCUUUGUCCACACUCUCAGAGUCUUAUAUAUCUCCCAUUCAGAAGCCAUGGUGAAGUUAUGAUGACAUUUCAUAACCAUUUUUAUUCAGAAUAUUUUAUAGAGUAAAAGCAGAGUAAAUUUUAGCUGUUCUUUGACUUGACAUAAUUACGUGUAAUUAUAAAAGGCCAGGCGUUUUUAUUAUUGGACCUGCCAUUAACAUUAUAUUAUACUUCGACUAUACCUCAAUUAAAAAAAAAAAAAAAAAAGAGAGGCCAGAUUUUAAUUAUAGGUGGGAAGACUGCUGUAGCAACAAAGAAUCAAAAAUUCUGCAUUCCUCCAGAACUUCUUUAGCAAGGAGUAUGUCAUCACUGAUUUCAAUAUUUUAACAUUACAUUAGUCCUUAUAAUUCUUUAUUCUCAUAAAUAAAUUUCAGAAAUCUGUAACUAGUAUUGUUUUUUUCUAAGGAGGCAAAAACUUUUCUUGGUCUUGUGUAAAGUUCACAGAUACUAUUUAGUUGAGGAAAAUUUUUUAAAUCUCAUUUUUAAAAAUACAGUCUGCAUUGUUUGAUUUUACCCUUUUGUGCAAAUUACAUAAUUAUUUAACUAAAGUCCAGUUUCUUUUAAAGGAACUAUUUUAAAAUUUUGUGAGUUUAAGCUUGAUUAAGUUUGAGUUUUGGUGAAUUUGGUCUUUUGUUUUUAAACUUUUGCUAUGCUUAGGUUUCAGUGCUUUCACCGUAAAUGAACCAAAGAUUCAGCCCAGCCUCAUACAAGAGAUAGCUGUUCAGGGACUCAUCACAAAUUAUUCAUUUUGAUUGCUUGACUUGAUUUGACCCUGGUUUAAUGGAAACAGGAGGCCAGUGAUGACUCAUUUUUAACCCUUCCAGUCCCCAGUUGACGCUGCCUGCCUGUUUUGCCUUUGCAGGUACUGGGGGAAACUCCACUGUGGGUCUUUUUUGGGAGUGUUACUUCAAACUUUAGUGGCUAGGACAGUAAUCAACUGUGCACCUUUUCAUUAACGGCAUAAAGAAAACUGCAGUCAGUAAUGGUGAUCAAGUUUAAAUUCAGCUCAUCUAAGGACCGUAUAAUUUUAUUUAACCUGUUGCUGGAGCCCUGUCUUUUAACACCGGAAGUAUGCAUUUCAACCACUGAGAAGAAAUAUGGACAGGACUUUAUGCCUGUGGGUUCAUGCUUCAGUCUUCUGACAGAUUGACUUCAGUUCCUUUUCCAAUCUGUUUUGUCCUUGAGAGGUUGGUUUAUAAACUGUUCCACAGGAUAAAUUUUCUUUAACAAGAGGAACAAUUGGAAGUGGUAGAUGGAAUGAGAUUAGGAAAGAGAAGCCUGGAAUAAAUCCUUCAUACGUUCCUGUUUUUGUAAAAAUGGGGCAGAGAAACUCCUUACUGAAUCAAUAUAGUACUUUAAGGAAAAAAAAAAAGAUGAAAAUCACUUACAAUCAUUGGUGGGUGUGGAACUUUUUUUUGUCCAAGUAUUGAAAAGUUCAAGAAAUUCAAAUGUGGCUUUUGAAAGAAAUGUAAAUGACCAUCACAUGCUUAUGGCAUCAAGGUUCUUUGUCUUUUGUCAAGUGUAAUAUUAUUGAAAGACUUAGAAAGGUAACUAGGGCAGUGCAUCGCAAACUAGUCUCAAAAAACCAGAAUCACUUCCGUGCCACCCCCAUAGGUUAUUAUUCAGUAAGAUUGGGCGGGGCCUGGGAGCCUUCUUUUAACAGCCUUUUCAGAGGAUUCUGAUGCAGGUGGUCAAUAAACCAUACUUAGAGAAAAACCUAUUUAGGAGCUAAAUCUAAUUUUAUAUGCAAAUUUGUGCUUCUGUUUUUAAGCUUGAUGCAUUUAUUCCUCUGAUUUUCAUAUACAUUUUUAUGGAAUAACAUAGCCAUCAAGGCUGCCUUGGAGUUUUUAUAAUGGCACCCAACACUGUGUUUAAUUUUCUUAUUAAUACCUGUUUUCAGGUGGAAGAAAUCAGAAAACCACAGAGUUGGCAGGAAAGAAUGUUGCACCUCCUUCUGAACGACAGAUGUUGGGAUAGGGCAGAGAGGGUUUGAUCAAAAAGAAAAGUAGGGCAAGACUUCUAUAUUGGGAAGCAGUGGAAAGCAAAGUCUAGUAAUGCACAGCACUGAGGGCCAGCAAGGGUGUUUAGACCUCUUCGGGUAGACACUAGGUUGUCAGUUGCUUUUUUGAGCAGGGGACUAACCUGAUGCAAACAAGCCUUACUCUUGUGCUAGGGACACAUGGUACGUGGUCCAGAAGAGAGGAUUAAGGAAAGGCAGAAGGGAGCAGGGUGAGCACUUGGGGCUUUGAAUUUGGCAGGACUGACUGAAGGGUUCAUGCAGCAGUGUUCUCCCGUGCUGUUUUCCUGAAGGUCUAUAGCCAAUAAACUGCUCUCCAGCAGCUGCAUGUUAUGGUGUGACACCAAGGCUGCCCAGUCAUCAGGCCAGAUAGCCUCUCUGGGUUUAGAAAGCCCUUGAAUAACUGUUUCAACUACCACUACCUUCAUAACGUUGUGAGGCAAGGGUCUCACGUUAGACAAGGGAAACAGACUCAGGGAGUAAUUGAUCAAAAUCCACACAUCUAGAAACUGGCAGGGCUAGGCUUCAAAUCUGGAGCUACCUACUGAGAAUGUAUAGGCUUUAAAAACAGUAUAAUUUGUCAUAAUGAAGUGAUACAUACUUGUAACAAAUUGUACCGAAAUGAAUAAGUUAAAUAUGAAAUCCUUCAUGAUUUCAUCCUUGAGAGAACAGCUGAGAAAAAUCCAGUGCAUGUUGUUCAGAUACCUUUCUUGCAAAUGCCAACAUACAUUAAAUACAUAUGUGGGAGUCAUACGUUAUAUGCUUUUUACAACUUGCUUUGUAAAAUAGGUGGGAGUCAUACGUUAUAUGCUAUUUUACAACUUGCUUUUUUUUUUCACUUAAUGCUGUAACGCGGACAACUUCCUGGUUCAGCACGUAUAGAUAUGAAGUGAUUGAGAAGAAACAAUAAACACCAUCAUUUUGUAGACAGGACAACAUGGAUCAGCCGUUAACGGUGAAUUCCCUGAAAAAGUUAGCUGCCGUGCCGGACCACAGGGAUGUUUCCCUCAGCCCGGAAGAGCGAGUCCGCGCCCUAAGCAAGCUGGGUUGUAAUAUCACCAUCAAUGAAGAUAUCACUCCGCGCCGCUACUUUAGAUCCGGAGUAGAAAUGGAGAGAAUGGCGUCCGUGUAUUUGGAAGAAGGAAACUUGGAAAAUGCCUUUGUUCUCUAUAAUAAAUUUAUAACUUUGUUUGUAGAAAAGCUUCCUAACCAUCGAGAUUACCAGCAAUGUGCAGUACCCGAAAAGCAGGAUAUUAUGAAGAAACUGAAGGAGAUUGCAUUCCCAAGGACAGAUGAAUUGAAAAAGGACCUUUUAAAGAAAUAUAACGUAGAAUACCAAGAAUAUUUGCAAAGCGAAAACAAAUAUAAAGCUGAAAUUCUCAAAAAACUGGAGCAUCAGAGAUUGAUAGAGGCAGAAAGGAAGCGGAUCGCUCAGAUGCGCCAGCAGCAGCUAGAAUCGGAGCAGUUCUUGUUUUUCGAAGAUCAGCUCAAGAAGCAAGAAUUAGCCCGGAGUCAGAUGCGAAGCCAGGAAACUCCAGCGCAGUCAGAGCAGAUUGAUGGGAGUGCUUUGUCCUGCUUUUCCACACACCAGAACAAUUCCUUGCUGAAUGUAUUUGCAGAUCAGCCUAAUAAAAGUGAUGCAACCAAUUACGCUGGCCACUCGCCUCCCGUAAACAGGGCCUUAAAGCCAGCUGCAACUCUAAGUGCUGUUCAGAAUUUAGUGGUUGAAGGACUGAGAUACGUCGUUUUAUCAAGAGAUCUUUGCCACAGAUUUCUGCUCCUGGCAGAAUCUAAUACAGUGAGAGGAAUAGAAACCUGUGGAAUACUCUGUGGGAAACUGACGCAUAAUGAAUUUACUAUUACCCACUUAAUCGUGCCAAAACAGUCUGCAGGACCAGACUAUUGUGACGUGGAGAAUGUAGAAGAAUUAUUUGGUGUUCAGGAUCAGCACAAUCUCCUCACUCUGGGAUGGAUCCAUACACAUCCAACCCAAACUGCAUUCUUAUCCAGUGUUGACCUCCACACUCACUGUUCUUAUCAGCUCAUGUUGCCAGAGGCCAUUGCCAUUGUCUGUUCACCGAAGCAUAAAGACACCGGCAUCUUCAGGCUCACCAGUGCUGGCAUGCUUGAGGUUUCUGCUUGUAAAAAGAAGGGCUUUCAUCCACACACCAAGGACCCCAGGCUGUUCAGUAUAUGCAAACAUGUGUUGGUAAAAGACAUAAAAAUAAUCGUACUGGAUCUGAGGUGAUAUGUUCCGAAGAUUAGCACCGUCCACGCCAGACACUUACCCAUGGACCUGUGGUUGCUGGAUUUUCUUAAGAUGUUUCCAGAAAUGACUGACAUUUUAUAUUUAUACACUUUAGAUCAGAAAGUUUGAUAUUUAUUACUUUUGCACAUUUUGAAGCUUUCUUUUUGGGUUGCUUUGUCUCAAGAGAGGUUACAAUGGAGUUAAAUCAAUACCUAUUAAUGUGCCCAAAUACUAUGACCAGAUAAUAAAUUGUGCCGCAAACAACAAUA